GUUAUUUGGAUCACGUUGUUUUUAAAAAGUGGUGUUUUAAUACCUGAUGCCCAUUCUGUGAGCACUUGACUGGAACCAUCAGGGGAAGAGGAGAGUUGGGAGACUAAAGCAGACUUGGAAAAGAACAGUAGAGAGCGAGGCAAAGGACAUCGGAACCUCAUGGGCCCAAAUGAUGGGUGCUGCCCUUUACUGGGUCCGCUGGUGAGGUGUUGUUGCGGCUAUAUUCUCCUUGAGGAGUAACAAGAUCUAAACUAAGCAUUCUGUGAGGGCAUGAUCUGCAGAGUAGAGUCAGGGGCGUUGGUUGUGAGAAUUUUAAAAAUUCAUUUAUGAUAUCAUUUCCAUGAGCUUUGCUUUCUUUAAGCUUUUAGGUAAUUGGCAACCUCACUCUCAUUUAAUGUCAAAGAAAAUAGACCUUUGUAAAUGUAUAACACUUAGGAGCGGUGCGCCACUUGCGCAAAAAUGGCCGCCACUGUUGUGGGCUUUAAAUUUACUGAUGGGAUUUUCUUUAAUGCUUUUUGCACGGAGGAAGAGGUGAACAGUUUACAAGGAGAACUUGGUGAAUGGAGGGCACCAGGCCUGGCAGCUGAAAAGGCCAGCCAAUAUGGCUUACAUCUCCACAGCACUUCAUUUUUGAAUGAAGUGAAAAUUGGUGGCUUUCAGGAAGGACACCAGAUUGGUGUUUUGCACCAAAUUCUGAACACUGAAGAGCAAGUUUGUGUGGAAAACCAGCGAGAAUGCACAUCCAGUGAGAAUGCACACACUGAAGCUCAAGUUCCUUUAAGAAAUGAAGAACAUGUACCAACUGAAGGUGUUUCAAUAUGGACUCACGAGAAGGUGUUACUUCUAAUUGAGCUGUACAGGGAACAUCGGGCACUCUUUUCAAAUUCAGCGAUAAAGCGCCACGAAGUGUGGCGCAAAAUCGCCUCACAAAUUCACGAGAAGGGCCACCAUGUCACAGGUGAUAUGUGUGACAAGAAAUUUAGAUCGCUGCGAAACAGGUAUAAAAUUAUUGCCGAUGGGAAUCAGUCAUCGGGAAGAGGGAGAAGGAGGUGGGAGUAAUUUGAUCUGUUAGAAGACCUAUUCACUGGAGACCCAGCUGUUCAGCCACUGUUGAUGGUCGAGACGCUGACAGGAAUCCGUAGGUUGCUUUUAUAGUCACUCCAUUUACAUAACUUUUAUUCACUGUGAUGACAUUUUCUAUACUCCAUAGUAAACAUUGCCAUACCCUAAAGGUUUAACAAGGUUCAUAAAUAUUUCAGUUGUUGAAAUAUAUUGAAGUGCCGUCUAUUUUACAACUCAAAACAUAGUACAGAAAUUGAAGUGUAAACAGAUUAUAAGAGAUGUUCUUGUUAUUG